CAGCAGCCUGCGGAGCUCCGCCACCGCCGCCGCCACCAGGGCCUCCAUCACGGCGCACACGCGGCCCUCGAACGUCCCCCUGCUCGACAUGUCUGUGGCGGCAACUGUUCAGCGGAAGUCGUUUUUGCCUUUUUGAGUCUGAUCUCCAGACCUCAGAUCAUCGGAGCGACGUGAGGACUCUCGUAGCCAGACAGAUGUGGAUUCAUCUCUGCCACUGUCGUGCUGCAGACCUGGCAUGAGAUCAGACCCGGAUCAGGUUCUGGGCCCCGUCUGAGAUUUAGGAUCUAGAUCUUCAUACACAACUGAGAGUCUCCACCAAUGAGGGCGAGCCGAGUGCUGCAGCUGUCCGCGUGGCUGGCGGGAGUGUGCGCGGCCCUGUGCCAUGCCCUGCCGACAGAGGAGGCGGGCGAGGUGCCCGCGUCCCAGCUGAGGAUGCUCUCGCUGGGACUGGCCCACCUGCUGCACGGGGUGGAGGAGAACGCCGGGCAGCUGGAGCGCCGGGGGGAGCAGGCGGCGGCGGAGCUGGACGGCGUCGCCCGGAGCCUGGAGGGCCUCACGAAGCAGAGUUCACAGGCAGGACGGACUCACAGGCAGGUGAGGAAGGACCUGCAGAUCCUGAGCGCCCGGGGCGACCGGCUGCGGAGGACGGUCCGCGAGCUGCAGGAGGUUCUGCAGGAUCUGGACACGGAGCAGAGAGCCACGCAGCAGCGGCUGGACCGGCUCGUCCACAGGGUGCAGAGCCUGACCGGGCCGAGGUCACGGGGUCAGGCCCCGGCUCACAGCGACUCCACGAAGGUGCUCGUGGGUAAACAGGCCCGGCGACUCGCCAGUCUGACCUCGGAGGUUUCGGCCCGAGACAAAGUGAUCAACAGGCGCCUGCAGCGCAUCCGACAUCUGGAGAAACACGUCCGUGACCUCGGGGCGUCCCAGGGCAGAGUCUGACGAGCAGCUGCAUCAACACGGACGAUCCAGACAAAAUGACCCGCAAGCGGCACAGAGAAAUGAUCUUGUGAAAUAAUCACGACAACGACCAAGAAAAAGUGACAUAGUAGGUGGAGAUGAAGACUGUUGGUUGUGACUGCUCUGACGUGUCAGCACCGUCUGCUCAUGGAGGGUUUGAAAAUAAAACUCUCCUGUAA